AUGGCCCGCGGAAUCAAGAAGCACCAAAAGCGUCUCUCAGCCCCCUCCCACUGGCUGUUGGACAAGCUUUCCGGCGUCUAUGCCCCCAAGCCCUCGGCCGGUCCUCACAAGCUGCGCGACUGCAUGCCCCUGAUUGUCUUCAUCCGCAACCGCCUCAAGUAUGCGCUCAACUACCGCGAGACGCGCUCGAUCCUGAUGCAGCGCCUGGUCAAGGUCGACGGCAAGGUCCGCACCGACAUGACCUACCCGGCGGGCUUCAUGGACGUCAUCUCGAUUGAGAAGACGGGCGAGAACUUCCGCCUUAUCUACGACACCAAGGGCCGCUUCACCGUCCACCGCAUCCAGGCGGAGGAGGCCGAGUACAAGCUCGGCAAGGUCAAGCGCGUCCAGCUCGGCAAGGGCGGAAUCCCAUUCUUGGUCACGCACGAUGCCAGAACUAUCCGCUACCCCGACCCUCUCAUCAAGGUCAACGACACCGUCAAGAUUGACCUCGCCACCGGCAAGAUCACCGACUUUGUCAAGUUCGACACUGGCGCCAUUGCCAUGGUCACUGGCGGUCGCAAUAUGGGCCGUAUCGGUGUCAUCACCCACCGCGAGCGCCACGACGGCGGUUUCGCCAUUGUCCACAUCAAGGACGCCAUCGACAACACUUUCGCCACCCGUGAGAGCAACGUCUUCGUCAUUGGUCAGGACAAGCCCUGGAUCUCCAUUCCCAAGGGCAAGGGUGUCAAGCUCACCAUUGCUGAGGAGCGUGACCGCCGCCGCGCUCUGGCCAACUAA